CUUUCUUCCUGUUCUCAUAUCUCCGCAAGCGGCCUGCCAUUUCUCCUGAAAACUUCCUUUUGGCUUCGUGGCCACCCUGGUUCACCCGGGGAGCCCAGCAGGAUUGCUCCGAAUACCUGAAAUACCUGCUUGAUCGGCUUCAUGAAGAAGAGAGAACAGGCAGAAGGAUUUGCCAGAAACUCAAGGCAUGUUCUUUACUGCCUUCGGUGGAUCGGCAGCACUCUGCAAACAAGACCCUCAUUGAAAAAAUGUUUGGUGGCAAAAUUAAGACAAAGAUCCGUUGCCUGAAGUGCCUACAAGUCUCCUCCAGAGAAGAAGCCUUCACAGACCUCUCCUUGGCUUUUCCACCAGCUGAUGAGUAUAAGGCUGGACUCAUUAGCAGUGCAUUUAUUGGGUCUGUAGAAGAAACGUGCCCAGAGAUCUCUCAAUCAAGGAUCCAGACCCAAAGCAGACUGAAGGAUUUGCCAGAUAGAUCAGGGAAAUUGAGGGCCCUUGGGGAGAAUCCUUCCAAAGGUUCACCUAUUGAAAUGGUUGGGCCAAAAAAUGAAGAGGCCUCUCUCCCCUUGAGGUCUGAGCAAGAUUCUGUUGAAGUGAAGCCCAACAAAGAAUUUGACGUGGCUUUACAAAAGCAGGGGUCUGGCUCUCAGACCUCCAGAUCUGUCCCUGACUUGAUAAAUUAUUUCUUAUCACCUGAAAUGCUCACAGCAGAGAACAGGUAUCACUGUGAGAACUGUGCAUCCCUUCAAGAUGCUGAGAAGCUGACUGAACUGACUGAGGGGCCUCACUACCUCAUCCUCACCCUGUUGAGGUUCUCCUUUGACCUAGGAACUAUGAGAAGAAAGAAGAUCCUUGACAACAUCUCAGUCCCAUUGAUGCUGAAGUUACCAGUCCUCAUGUCCUCUGAUCCAAUGAGGACACCUGGAUGGACUUCGUCAUGCAAGGACUUUGCUUCAGUGGUGUAUGAUCUCUGUAGUGUGGUGGUCCAUUCUGGUGUCUCCUCAGAAAGUGGCCAUUACUAUUGCUAUGCUAGGGAAUGUGAGGACCCGGCCACAGAGAGCCUUUAUAAGGACACCUCUUGGAACGUGGCUUCAGCAAAGUCUUCUGAUGUUGAGAUCCAGUGGUACAUAUUUAACGACACCAGAGUCUUCUUCUCUUCUUUUGAAUCUGUGAGUAAUGUGACCUCUUUCUUGCCUAAGGACACGGCUUAUCUGCUGUUCUACAGACAGCGAGGGAGUCAGUCCUCAAAUGGAGCUGGUGUGGAGUCUGGCUGGACAAACGGAGGCUUACAUUCUCCAGAUAAAAGCCUGAUGGAUGCCAUCGCAAAGGAUAAUAUCUUAUUCUUACAGCUGGGUUUUGUGUGUGUGUGUAUGUGUGUGUGGUUUUUGUCUGGGUGUGUCUCUUUUUUGAUUCACAGGAACAAGAAAAAGAAGCCAGAAAUAGGAAUGCUUACAUUUCAGCCUUACCUAAAUCUUCCAUUUGGUGGAAAGACCUUGAUAAAGAUGAUGAUGAUGAUAAUGAAGGUGCCUCAGGAGGUUGCAGCCAUGACCCCGGUGGAGGAGGUUCGGGGUCUUUUCAUGGACUGGUCUUUUAGCUCUUGUGCCCAAAGCAAGUGGUUAAUCCUACAACCAUCAAGGAUGAACUCCCUAACCUUGACCUUAUGGCCUUGGAAAUCUGACUAAGCAGUCCAAGAUGAAUGAGGGAGAAUGAUCGUAUUCUAAUCUUCCCUGAAACUAUGGAAAAUGCUGUUUUCUGGAGCAGUUGUAAUCAGGACACCCUGAACCUCUCACAGAAUUACACUUCCUGGAAACAGCAGGAAGAAGGAGCCACAUGUUCAACUUCUGUAGCCUACCAAAAUCCCCAUCCCUAUGGGUUGUCCCCAUUGAAGGGUGGGAAAUGUUCAUUGUGAUCUUUUCAGUGGGUCAGUUCUUCAUCUGUUCAGGGAGUGUGACUCGGGACACAAAGCUUAAUCCACAGUGCAGGGAAAUUUCUGCCUUUUCAAAGCAAAGUCAAGAGAGAAGAGAGAUAUUUUUGGUAACUGGCAUAAUUGUUGUCCAAGGAUAUUUUAAGGGAAAUUGUGUCAGUCCUUUGAGGUAGGCUCGGUCAAGAAAGAGGCUCAGGAAGGAUUCCAGGAUGCUAUUUUAUUGUUGUAGGUAUAAUAACAAAAUCUUGAAAGCCUGUCUGAGUUUCUCUCUGUUCCAUCUUAUAUUAAACAAAAUCAAAGUGGGGCUAUUUUGAGUUUCCUUCUUGCGCGUCCUUCUAUCUCUGGACUAUGUAAGCACUUCUCCAAGUCUGCCUUUAAUAGCUCUCUCCUCCCUUCUCCAAGCUGAUCUCUAAAUUCCUUUACAAAUAGGAUGUUUGAGAUAAUCUGGAGGUCUGCUUAUUUAAUUAUUGUGGGCAACCAUGGGUAAAUGUUCCAUGUUUAAUAGUAAAAUGAUGAACUAACCCCAUGAUUGGUCUCUGCUUCUUCUUUGAAUUGUAUGUCAAAGAGCUUAGAUCAGAUAAACCUUUCUCAAAUAUCUAACCUGACCUUGUCACCUGUUAGGAUACCAAUAGGGACUCUCUCCUGCAGAGCCCACUGCUACCGGGAGGCGUAAGUGACGUCUCUUUGUAGCAGCUACAUCCAAAGAGAACUUACUCCAUAGGACAACGCUGGGCUUGGUUCAACAUGUAGCUGAAUUUUCAUCACUGUUUGCUUUCAAGUAGAGUGACCAGAGGUGGGUUGCAAAAAAUCCAGGCCGUCAGUAGAUGGCACCAAGAAAAACCUUCAACCAGUUGUUUUGGAGUUUGGGAGCACAGAUCUGGUCAUCUUAAUUUAAGGAAGCACAUAGCUAAGAUGGAAACACUGUUGGAAGGACUGUUUCUCCCAUUAAAGUGUGAGUAAAGUAUGU